AUGACGGAGCGGACUCCUCUCCUCCACUACCGCCUCUCCGCGAGCGUCAAUGAGUCCGAGCGGCGGGCACCUCCGGCCGGCCAGGCCGUGGAGCAGCUCCCGGACAGCCCCCGGCAGAGGUCCACCCACCAGAGACAAGCCAAGAAACUGUCCACCUUCUUCGGGGUGGUCAUCCCAACUUUGCUGUCCAUGUUCAGCGUGGUGGUGUUCCUCAGAAUAGGAUUUGUGGUGGGUCACUGUGGACUGUACCAAGCUAUUGCCAUGUUCCUGGUGGCCUAUUUCAUCAUCAGCAUGACCGUGCUGUCAGUGUGUGCCAUCUCUACCAAUGGAGCCCUAGAUGCUGGAGGCGCCUAUUACAUGAUCAGCCGAGCCUUGGGCCCAGAGUUCGGGGGCAGCAUCGGCCUCAUGUUCUUCUUGGCGAAUGUGUGUGGCUGCGCUCUGUUUGUACUCGGUCUGGUUGAAGCCAUCGUUGCCACAUUUGGAGUUCCAGAAGCUGGGACAGUAGCCACCUCCUCCUUCCAGGUCCUGCCAUCUGGCUACUGGUGGUCUCUGCUCUACGGGACGGUCAUCGCCCUUCUCUGCCUGCUGGUGUGUCUUGUGGGAGCCCACAUCUACGCCAAGGCCACUUUCCUCAUCUUCCUUGUGGUUAUGUUUGUCCUGGGCACCAUCUUCAUCAGCUUCUUUGUCGUACACCCUCGUGUCAUUGUCCUACCCCCUCCAUCCACCCCGACAGCCAACGGAACAGGCCCUCCAUUUGCCACCACUGCAAACUUCACCAGUUUCAAGCUAGACACGCUGCUGGGGAACCUGUGGGCUGACUACACUUUGGAUUAUACAACAGGAAACAUGAUGAACUUUGCCACCGUUUUUGCUGUAAUGUUUAAUGGCUGCACAGGCAUCAUGGCUGGUUCUAACAUGUCAGGUGACCUGAAGAAUCCCAGCUACUCCAUCCCCCGUGGAACUAUCACAGCCGUCAUCUUCACCUUCAUCAUCUACAACCUGCUCUGUGUGCUUGAGGCCUGCUCCUGUGACCGUGUCCUCCUUCAGAGGGAUAACAGUUUUCUGAGGGAUAUCAACAUUUGGAAGCCGUUUGUCACCAUUGGCGUUUAUUCCUCCACCCUCUCUGCUGCCAUGAGCAACCUCAUUGGAGCCUCUCGCAUCCUCUACGCCCUGGCCCGGGACGACUUAUUUGGGAAGGUGUUGUCUCCAGCGAAGAAGACGUCACACAGUGGUAACCCUUGGGUGUCAGUGCUCAUCUCCUGGUUCCUUGUUCAGCUGGUGCUGUUUUCAGGGAAGCUCAACACCAUCGCCAGUAUUGUGACCAUUUUCUUCCUGUUGGUGUAUGCUGCUGUGGACUUGGCGUGCCUCGCUCUGGAGUGGGCAUCUGCACCUAAUUUCAGGCCCACGUUUCGUUAUUUCACCUGGCAUACGUGUGUGCUGGGCAUCGUGGGUUGCGCCGUCAUGAUGUUCCUGAUCAACGCCAUCUACGCCUCGGCCAGCAUCGCCUUCAUGCUGCUGCUGCUUCUGCUGAUUCACUACCUCAGUCCCACCUCCAGCUGGGGUUACAUCAGCCAGGCUCUCAUUUUCCACCAGGUACGUAAGUAUUUGCUGAUGUUGGAUGUGAGGAAGGACCACGUCAAGUUCUGGCGUCCUCAGGUCCUGCUGAUGGUGUCCAACCCCCGCAGCAGCGUGGGACUGAUCACCUUCAUCAACGACAUCAAAAAGAGCGGCCUCUAUGUCCUGGGACAUGUCCAGCUGGGAGAUCUCAACACGUUACCGUCAGACCCUCUGCAGUCCCAGUAUGAUUCCUGGUUGUCCCUGGUGGAUUAUCUGAACAUUAAAGCCUUUGUUAACCUGACACUGGCCGACUCAGUGCGCCAUGGGGUCCAGCAUCUCCUGUUCAUCUCUGGACUAGGUGGGAUGCGACCCAACACCCUUGUCUUGGGUUUCUAUGACGACUGCAGUCCGACGGACAAGCUGAUUGAUCCAUCCCUCUCCACCAGUCAGUCCACAGAUCCCUUGGGCCCAUCCCUGGACCCCGAGCAGCAGUCCCCUCUGUUCCACUUUGCCUCCCUGCGGGGAUCCGGUGACAGUCGAGAUGGGAAAGUUGUCGGACCUCAGGAGUAUGUGGCCAUCAUCGCUGACGCCAUGAAGAUGUCAAAGAAUGUGGCGCUAGCUCGCUACUUCAACAACUUCGACCGAGCACAGGCCCUGUCCCCAGCAUCUUCUUCUCAGGGGAAGGGUGCUGUAUACAUCGAUGUCUGGCCGGUAAACCUCCUCCGACCGGACAGCUGCAGCUACGUCGAUACCUGCUCUCUGUUCCUGCUACAGCUAGCUUGUAUCCUCAACAUGGUGCGAGCUUGGCGCAAAGCUACAAUCCGCCUCUUCCUUUGCGUCGAGGAAGGGCGAAGCGUUCGAGGGUCAGAGGAGAAGUUGGGUCAGCUGUUGAAAGAGCUGAGAAUUAAAGCCCAGGUCUAUCCCGUGCCCUGGGACGAGCAGGUGGCGCUACACUGGCAGCGGCAAGGGGAGUGGAGCAAAAAACAACAGUCAGCAGAUGGCGCUGAAGACGACAAGCAGUCAGCAGAGGAGGAGGAGAGUGAAGAAGAUUAUGUCAAUAGCUUCCCGAGUAACGCCACUCGUCUGUCAGAUGACUACCUCUCAGCUGUCAAUAAAUUAAUCCUGGACCAGGUCCGGCCACCGCCUGCUGUUCGGUUCCUGUACUUGCCCCGCCCCCCAGCUGACACCCGCCGCUACACUGCCUAUUUACACCAGCUGGAUCUGCUCACUAAGGACCUGGGCCCCACGCUGCUUAUCCAUGGUGUCACCCCUGUCAUCACCACUGACCUUUGACCUACUCAUCUCCCUCGCAGAACUUGAGACAAUCAGUGAAGUGUGCCUGACAUGCUGAGAUUGUAGUGCAGCUUCUCCGCAGACCUUUGCAUCAAACAACAGAUGUAAAAAAAAAAAAAAAAAGAGCCAAUCAGCUGACUGCACUCCUGCACCGCUUCAUCCAU